AUGGCGGAAUCCGUGAGCGGGGACGUGCCCAACUGCAGCAACUGCGAGGAUGAGCUUGCGCUGUUGUUUUGUGAGGAGUGCGAGGAGCACUUUUGCCGUGAGUGCGGCGAAGUCUUGCACAAGAGCGCCAAGCGCAGGACACACAACCUUCGCCGCAUCCAACCGAAGCAACGGUCCUCUGAGGACAUUCUGAAUGAUAUGCCGGACCUGAGCUUGAAUGGGCAGUCAAUGCUCAUGUCCACAGACAGCCAGGGCAGCAUUGACCUGGACAAAACCAUCACAGCGCCAGACCCUUCCUCUUUGCCGGACUGGACGCUGCAGGACGUGGCCUCGUGGCUUGCCAGCCAAAGCCCCGCUUACGCAGACUAUGCCGCAGCCUUCCAGAACAAUCAUAUCCGAGGACGGGUGCUGCCGCUGCUGGACUCGGCGGCGCUGGCAGAGCUCGGCGUUGACGCCGCAGAUCAAGACAGCAUCAUCGCAGCCAUCACCAGGCUGCAAUUGGAGCACGAGAAGAGUGUGGUGAACACCAUGCUUGCAGAGUUCCCACGCGCAGCCAUGUAG